AGCGGUGACGAGGAAGGCCUUCACUAAAGGAGGGUAUGGAGAGGGAAUAGGCCAGUGUCUCCGAACUAGGGCUGGGACUCAUGGAGAUGAACACGGACCCCCCACGGCCAGCAACUACUCACAGCCACCCCCGGACAACUAGACCCGGACGCCUAGGCCACGCCCCCUCGCGCACCAGUGGGCGGAGCCGCGCACGCCAGAUAUGCACGCAAUGUCCAGGGAGUGUGCAAAAUUUGUCAAAAGUGGCCCUUAAUUGUAUGCAGACACCAGAGCUAACGCUGCAUGCCCGCUGCUGCCUGAAUCAGAAGGGCACCAUUUUGGGGCUGGAUCUCCAGAACUGUUCUCUGAAGGAUCCUGGUCCAAACUUUUCUCAGGCACAUACUGCUGUCAUCAUAGACCUGCAAGCAAAUCCCCUCAAAGGUGACUUGAACAACAUCUUCCAUGGUUUUACUCAGCUCCAGACUCUGGUACUGCCACAAGAUGCCAAUUGUCCUGGAGGUAUUAAUGCCUGGAAUACUGUUAUCUCUUACAUAGAUAACAAAAUCUGCCAAGGGCAAAAGAACCUCUGCAAUAGCACUUCGGACCCAGAAAUGUGUCCUGAGAAUGGAUCUUGUGCACCCAAUGGUCCAGGUCUUCUGCAGUGCGUUUGUGCUGAUGGCUUUCACGGAUACAAGUGUGUGCGUCAGGGCUCCUUCCCACUGCUUAUGUUCUCCGGGAUUCUGGGAUCUACUACACUGUCCAUCUCCAUUCUGCUUUGGGUGACCCAACGACGAAAAGCCAAGACUUCAUGAACCAAAUAGAUCUUCCUAAGAGCAUCCUGAUCUUAGCCCUUCCAGGGAAAUUGCUUCCGAGAUAGGCAUCAUUGGCCAGUGGAUCCUCCUCAAGUUUGAGGCCAUUAGACGAAGAUGGAAAAUUGUACCACCCUGGAGUGGACCAGUACCAGUUCCCAUUUGUGCUGUUGCCUAUAAUAAAGUGUUUUUAUUAUUUA